AGUCUUCUCACAAUUAUGUUUUAGAAGAAAAUCAAAAAUUAUUAAAAAGUUUUAAUAAAUUUAAAAUAUAAACUAAAUAAAUAGCAUAAUAUAAAGAGUUUUUGUCUGUUCGUGCUAAAAGAAAAGCAUUUAAAAUGCAAUUGCGUGCUUUAAGUCAUUUAAGAAACUCUUGGCAAAGUGUGUCCCGGCGAUUUGCAACAAAAACCUCUUCACCCAACAUAGAUGAGGUAGGCAGUGGUACCGGUAUUGGUAACAUUACCGGUGGUUUGCGUAAAAAUGUUGAUGGACUUUAUACCGUUAAUCAACCAUCCACAGAUGUGGUCACCAAAUUGCCACCCUUAACACAGCCUAUACCCGAUUUGGCUGAUGUUGAAUAUGCCAAACCUCUGCUGGAAAGUAGUGCCACACAAGUAACAACACUGCCCAAUGGUUUGAGAGUUGCUUCGGAGCCACGUUUUGGUCAGUUUUGUACAGUGGGUUUGGUCAUUGAUUCAGGACCACGUUAUGAGGUUGCCUAUCCCGGUGGUGUUUCUCAUUUUUUGGAAAAAUUAGCUUUUAACUCUACCACCAACUUCCCCAAUAAAGAUGCCAUUUUAAAAGAACUUGAGAAAAAUGGUGGCAUAUGUGAUUGCCAAAGUUCUCGUGAUACCCUAAUUUAUGCCGCCAGCAUAGAUAGUCGUGCCAUUGAAUCGGUUACCCGUCUGUUGGCCGAUGUGACCUUGAGACCCACUUUGCAUGAGGAGGAAGUAUUUUUGGCUAGACGUGCUAUACAAUUCGAAUUGGAAACCUUAGGCAUGCGUCCCGAACAGGAACCCAUUCUUAUGGAUAUGAUUCAUGCAGCCGCCUAUAGGGACAAUACGUUGGGCUUACCGAAACUGUGCCCCCCACAAAACCUGGAUGCCAUCAAUCGUAAUGUGUUGAUGAAUUAUUUGAAAUAUCAUCAUGCACCUGAACGUAUGGUUAUCGCCGGCGUAGGGGUCAAUCACGAUGAGUUAGUGCGCAAUGUUGAACGUUUCUUUGUUGAUGACGCUGCUAUUUGGGAAAAAGAACAAAUCGGUGGCACCGGUGCUCAGGAAGUUGACAAAUCCAUCGCCCAAUACACCGGUGGUGUACGCAAGGAGGAAUGUGAAAUACCAAUUUAUGCCGCAGCUGGUCUACCAGAACUUGCUCAUGUUGUUGUCGGUCUUGAGGGUUGUUCCCAUCAAGAUCCCGAUUUUGUUGCCCUGUGUGUACUCAAUAUUAUGAUGGGCGGUGGCGGUUCCUUUUCGGCCGGUGGUCCUGGCAAAGGAAUGUACUCUCGUCUGUAUACAAAUGUGUUAAAUCGUUACCAUUGGAUGUACAGUGCUACUGCUUACAAUCAUGCUUAUGCCGAUACUGGUUUAUUCUGCAUACAUGCCAGUGCUCCGCCAAACAAUGUACGCGACAUGGUCGAAGUGGUGACAAGGGAAUUAGUAAAUAUGACCUCAAAUCCUGGACGUGAGGAAUUGAGUCGUUCAAAGAUUCAACUACAAUCGAUGUUAUUGAUGAAUUUGGAGUCACGACCAGUGGUAUUCGAAGAUGUGGGUCGUCAAGUUUUGGCUACUGGACAUCGUAAGAGACCAGAACAUUUUAUAAACGAAAUUGAUAAAAUUACUGCUGCUGAUAUUCAAAGAGUGGCUAAACGCAUAUUGGGCACUCCCGUGUCUUUGGCUGCCCGCGGUGAUAUUGCUAGUCUGCCUGACAUUAAAGAAGUACAAAAUGCUUUGCACCACGAUGGCAAAUUAAACAGUCGUCGUCUAUCUUUGUUUAAAUGAAAAUCAUUCUAAUUUCAUCCCCACUUCCCGCAGUAAUAAUGAUAAUACAUCCUGAAUACUUUUAGAAAGUGUCCUUUAUAAAUCCACAUUAACCAAACAAUAAAAUAACGCUCCACAUUAUUGUAUAAUUUAGUUUAUUAAUUUGGCAAUUAAGAAAUUAUUUGCUUGUUUGUUUUCUAUAUAACUUUAUAUUCUAUUUUAGUAUUCUAUCUGUUACUUUAAUGGCCAAUAAGUUUUUGUAUAAGCCAUCAAUAGAUUAGAACAAGUUAUUGAAUUGUUUUUUUUUACGAAAUUGAAAAUUGUUACAAGAGUUUUUUCAAUAAACAAGAACAAUUAAUUUGACAUUAAUAAA